UUGUUGUCUCUACUCAUGGCUUUGCGAAAAAGUCCACUGAUUUGCUUGGUUAUGAUUGCUUUAUGUGGUGUUUGUUUCGGUGCUGUGUAUAGAGUUGGUGACUUUAGCGGGUGGUCUUCUAGAGGCCUUGUUGAUUACAACGAGUGGGCUUCAACAAAAGACUUCCAUGUUGGUGACACACUUACAUUUUCUUACAACAAUCAAUUCCAUAACGUGAUGCAAGUUACUAACGAAGAUUACGAAUCUUGCAACCCUGCUUCUCCUAUCGCAGUCUACGCCUCGGGAUCUGACACCAUCACCCUUGAAAGGCCCGACAACUUUUACUUUUUGUGUGGUGCUCCUGGUCAUUGUCAAGCCGGACAAAGGGUUGAGAUUCUGGCCACCCUACCUACACCAGAUGACUCAUUUACAGGUCCAAGUCCGACACCUUCAGCCUCUCCUGCUGAUGCGAUGUCGCCAAGCUCAGCUCUAAGUAGCAGUCCUGCUCUUCAUUUUUCGAAACUUGGGUUGGGUGUCACCAUGUUUGUGUUAUCCACUCUUUUGGGUUCUUUAUUUUAG